CACGGCAGCACACUGAUAGGAAGUAAGAUUCAUGACCAACUAUUAGCCAUUUCUGGAGGAAUCUCUCCAACAGAUUUGUUCUGUUCAGUUCCUGGAAGACUGUCCCUCCUUAGCUCAACAUCCAAAUACAAGGUUACCGUUGCUGAAGUCCAACGUCGACUGAUGCCUCCAGAAUGCCUUAAUGCAUCCUUACUCGGAGGCGUUCUUAGAAGAGCUAAAUCUAAAAAUGGUGGACGAGCGUUGAGAGAAAAACUUGAAAAAAUUGGACUGAGCCUACCUGCUGGACGAAGGAAAGCAGCCACAGUAACAUUACUAACAUCUCUAGUUGAAGGUGAAGCCGUUAGGUUGGCUCGAGAUUUCGGGUACUUGUGCGAGACUGAAUUUCCGGCCAGGCACAUCGCAGACUACAAUACAAGACUUCAUUGUACAGAUCCAGGUGAUCUUUCUCAUCGCAAGCAAAUGCUUUUAGCAACUAAGCAAAUUAUAAAGGAGCUCGUCGAUUUAUUGAACAAAGACAGAUCACCCCUAGGCAACACAAGACCGCAACCAAUAUUAGAUUCAAAUUUACAGAGACACCUCACUCAUUAUUCUCUAAUUACACACGGAUUCGGUUCGCCGGCUUUGGUAGCAGCAAUGUCUGCCGUACAAAACUAUUUAGCGGAAAUGUUAAAGGCGGUAGACAAAGUGGCCGCAUCACAAUCGUCAGCCUCAUCUGCGUCCACGUCAUCAAGCUGCGUCAACACGACAAGCUGCAUGGCUUCAGUUCAGUCGGCGGCUACGCACAACCAAAUCUCAGAAGAGUUAAAAAAUAAGAGCGUUAAAGAUCUCAUUAAUAAAAAAUGA